GAUUCCAACCUUAUCGUGACGGAUGAAUUCGUUGAGGAUUCAUAUGAUACCAAACAAAUUCUAUUGAAAUCAAUAAUUGCUGAAGUUGGCGAAGAAAAUGUUCGAGAAGUGUGGAAAAUUAAAGACAUGCGACCCGGAAAUAGCAAACACUCGCAUUUCGUGGUAGUGGAUAUAAUUAUGAGUGCCUACUGUUUUGCAAAUCAAGAAUCGGCGAAGAAUCAACUGAACGAAAUACUAACGCCAAAUCUCUCGAUUAUAUCCAAGUCCGUGACGUGUGUUUUACGUCGUGCAGCACAACGAAAAGUCAAAUAUGGAGAGGAAAAUGAACCUGGAUCAAUUGAAAAUUCAUUAGUGUCAAGACGAAAGGGACGUCCAGAAACCAAACGUUAUAAAUCUGUGACUGAAAAAAAAGGAAAAUCAUGCACAUACACCUGCGGUGCAUGUGGUCAAACAGGACACAAUAGCGUGACAUGUCAAAAUCGCUAG